AUGAAAGCGUCCGUGGGCUAUACUAAAAGUGCCAGUCCCUCUCUUACUGAUUAUAUUGGAAAUAUCCUCCCCAACUCAUCCAAAUUACGACAAUCUCUUUCCAUUUCAGAGGGGAUAUCGAUGCGCCCCAUCGUAAAAUUGGCGUGUGUCGAUCUCUUUCCGAUUUCUCCUCUUGAUUCUUGA